UUCGUGGCCUGGCAACCGCAAGAGGCUUUACCAAACAGUCAGACCCCCUGUCGGCAAGCACUCUAAGCUAGCUAAAUUCGCUAGCUGCCUACGUUUUCUAGAGGGAUUCAACCGUCCAAAACCCACCAUGUCUUCAAGGACUCUGCCUCUGCUAUUCAUCAACCUCGGCGGAGAGAUGCUUUACAUCCUGGACCAGCGGCUCCGAGCUCAGAAUAUCCCCGCUGACAAAGCUAAGAAAGUUAUGAAUGACAUCAUCACCACAAUGUUCAACAAAAAGUUCCUUGAAGAGCUUUUCAAGCCGCAGGAGCUUUACUCCAAAAAGGCCCUGAGGACUGUGUUUGACAGACUGGCCCAUGCCUCUAUAAUGAGACUCAAUCAAGCCAGCAUGGACAAGCUCUAUGACUUGAUGACCAUGGCUUUCAAGUACCAGGUGCUUCUCUGUCCCCGACCCAAGGACAUCCUGCUUGUCUCUUUCAACCACAUGGAUGCGAUCAAAGACUUUGUGAAAGACACUCCCAGCAUUUUCGGCCAGGUUGACGAGACAUACCAACAGCUCAUAGAGAUGUAUACACCCUUGUCUAGUGGAGACUUCCAGCUGAUCAGACAAACUCUCCUCAUCUUCUUCCAAGACAUGCAUAUAAGAGUGUCCAUUUUCCUUAAGGACAAAGUGCAGAACUCCAACGGCCGCUUUGUACUCCCCACCAGCGGUCCUGUGCCUUAUGGAACACUAGUCCCUGGCCUGAUAAGGAUGUUUAGCUGUACAGGUGAAGAGACGACAAGGCUGCAGUUCGCUAAUGGAGGAAACUACACUGCUGCUCUGCGGGAAGGAUCAUUUGAGAUGUUUGGAGACAGGGUCACCAAACUAGGCACAAAUAUGUACAGUGUAAGUCGGCCUGUGGAAACCCACAUGUCUGGAACAUCUAAGAAUUCUGCUCAGCACACUAAGGUCAACGCUGCUCCCAACCCUCUGGCUAAAGAGGAGCUGAAUCUGUUGGCCAAGUUAAUGGGAGGGCUAGAGGUUCAGAAACCAGGGGGGAAUGCAGACAGCGGCUUCAGAGUCAACCUCUUUGCCACUGAUGAGGAAGAAGAAGAGGCUCUCAUAUCAAGACCAGACGAGCUUUCAUAUGGAGUCAUAAAAAUCCAAGCAACAAAGGACCAGCAGGCCAAUGCAGAGCUGGCCAAGAUCAUGGGGGAGUUCACAGAGUCUGGGGAUCCAUCUCCCGGUGCCAGCAGCAAAGGAGACGACCUUCUGGCCAUGAUGGACGGCCUGUGACAUCCUGACGGAAAUCCCCCAGUGGUCGGGGCACAAUGCAUCAUCACCAGCCUGUUCUACUGUAGACCAGUAUGCUGUCUGUACUGGCAAAUGCACUGCAGCAACCUCACAAUGCAGCCAGAAAACCUUCUUGUUUGGCUGCCGAUGUGCAGAUGUGCAGAUGUGAGUGGGUGUUUCCACUGGCUGUGAAAUGAUGAACUGCAAAUUUGCAUAGUUAAAUAAUUAAGGAUGUGGUGAGCCGAGCUUUGAGUUGCAGUGCACUGUAAUAGCAUGUUUGCUUCAAACUGAGAAGAGUUUCAGUGCAUCAAAUCAUACAGUAGGUAUGUAUCAGUGUGUUGAUCAUGUGUAUGUGUUAAUGGAAAAACAUCUCUUUAAUGUCAAGGUGUUUUUAAAUUCACGCUGCACUGCGGUACACACAAAAACACAUUCCUUUAUUUACACACAAUGUUGUGUAUCUUAAAUGAGUAGAAUACAUCACAGUUUUAGAUGCUCUACUGGCAAGUACUCCAUACUUCCAUGUAUGUUUUAUAAACCAGUGUAAAGAAGGAGUUUCUUAACUUCCUCUGUAUUCUUAUGAACAAGUAAUUAAAUUUGAUUUGGGGGGGAAUCGGAGGAAACCCAAGUGCUCUUUCUAAUGUGAUUCAGAUCCCCUGAAAUCUUUAUUUUGGUAAGAAUUCUGUUUAUCUUGCAUCAUGUGAGCAUCAACUUGUUAGACAUUUCCCACUACCCUGUGAUGUCUCUGGAUUUUGAGCUAUGAUCCAGAAAUGUGCUCACCGAUCAGCAUAUUAUUUUAAUAUAGAGAAAUGCAAUAUAAAGAAUUGUCUGAUAUGUAAAUAUGUUUAUUGCAUACUUUAUUUAUUUGAAUGUAUCAUUUUCUGUGUACAAAGAAAUACAUAUAGCUGCAUUUGUUAAAUUGUUGAAUGUCCAAUGUAGGAUUUUUAAUAAAUAGCUGGGAAAAAAAA